UUUUAAGAAGCUUAAUUCGUCGUCGUUUCAACAAAACCCUUAACUCUCACUUCUUUUGCUUCUUGCUUUUGUGAUUUGAAUGGCGGACACGCGAGAGCGUAGGGGAAGUCUCCGGUGGGCUUAGUGGCAAGGCUUUAAGAUAAGAGAUAGCAUAGAGCUUGCCGUAGAGGAUCAGAGUUUGUUAGAAGUAGAAGAAAGGUAGAAAUAUGUUGGACAUCAAUCUAUUCAGAGAAGACAAGGGCCACAACUCUGAACUCAUCUGGGAAUCUCAACGUCGCCGUUUUGCCAAUGUUAAUAUAGUUGAUGAGAUCAUUCUCCUUGACAAGGAGUGGAGGCAGCGUCAAUUUGAGCUCGAUAACCUCCGCAAGGAUUUUAAUAAGAUAAACAAACAAGUUGCUAAACUCAAAAUUGCAGGUGAGGAUGCAACUGAAAUGAUAAACAAUACUAAUGAGAACAAGCGAUUGAGUGCUGAGAAAGAAGCACAAGUGCAGGAGGCUGCCUUAGCUUUGAACAAGAAAUUGGAACAAGUUGGGAACCUUGUGCACGAUUCUGUGCCCAUUAGUAACGAUGAGGCUAAUAAUUUUGUGAUUCGUGUUUGGGGUGAGAAACGCUGGGAGCCUAAAUUAAAAAACCAUGUCGAGCUUGUUGAGUUUCUAGGAAUUGCAGAUACUAAGAAGGGUGCCAAUGUAGCUGGAGGUAGAGGCUACUAUUUGAAAGGGGCUGGUGUACGACUUAAUCAAGCAUUGAUCAAUUUUGGGCUAGAUUUUUUGGAGAAAAGGGGUUACACAGCCUUGCAGACUCCCUUUUUCAUGAGAAAAGACGUUAUGGCAAAAUGUGCUCAGUUAGCACAAUUCGAUGAAGAACUUUACAAGGUGACUGGUGAAGGAGACGACAAAUAUCUAAUUGGUACAGCUGAACAGCCACUCUGUGCUUAUCAUUUAGAUGAUUGGAUCCAUCCCUCACAGCUACCAAUCAGAUAUGCUGGAUACUCAUCUUGUUUCUGUAAAGAAGCUGGUUCGCAUGGUCGUGAUACUUUGGGAAUUUUUCGAGUUCAUCAGUUUGAAAAAGUGGAGCAAUUCUGCAAUACCAGCCCAAAUGGCAACGAUUCUUGGGCCAUGCAUGAGGAAAUGAUCAAGAACUCUGAGGAUUUCUACAAGAUGCUGAACAUCCCAUACCAAGUUGUGGCUAUUGUUUCUGGUGCUUUAAAUGAUGCAGCUGCAAAGAAGUAUGAUUUGGAAGCGUGGUUUCCUGCCUCAGAAACAUGCAGAGAGUUGGUCUCCUGUUCAAAUUGCACAGACUACCAAUCAAGAAAGUUAGAAAUACGAUAUGGGCAGAAAAAGAGCAAUGAGCAGGCAAAGCAAUAUGUUCACUUGUUGAACUCUACCCUCACUGCAACUGAGAGGACCCUUUGCUGCAUCCUUGAGAAUUACCAGAAGGAAAAUGGCAUAGAGAUCCCAGAACCUUUGAGAGUGUACAUGGGCGGAGUAUCUUUUCUCCCUUUCCAGAACAACGCAUCUACAGAAGGCAAGGGGAAGAAAUUUAAGGCCUAACCACGUCCUUGUAAAACCUAAAAACAGAAUUCUAGUAUGGGUGCCAUUUGGUCAAGAUUCAGCUUAAGAAAACUGAAUUUUGAAGGGAACUUUUUUCAGUCAUUUCUCAUACUAUUUCUUUGACACAGAUAUAGAAGCCUCUUGUAACUGCAGGUUAUUUUUACUUCUUUUUCUUUUUCCUUUAAAAUCUUGUCAAAUGCUUGCAGAAUUGUGUUUAAGCUUAUAGAAAAAAAGUAUAUUUUAUUUUCUUUA